GCCAGGUGUCGGAGGUCACGGCAUCGCUGGCGGUAGCAUUUUUUCUACCCGGAAACCACGGCUGCCGGACCCUGACUAACCCGUGUCGCGGCUGCGUGAGCUGGACUGGCCUCUGGUCCUCGCGUCGGCCCCGCGGAGCCGGACACUGCUCCCGGAGCGGCGGGGAGGAUGGUGCCGAGCGGUCCCGGGCCCGCCGCUCGCCACCGCGAGUGAGCUCGGAGUGGCCACGGGCGUCCGCCGAGUAGCUGGCCGGGCUGGGCCCGGGGUGCGCCGCUGCCCGCUGGGGCGGGGUGGAGCUGAUCAGAAUAAUGUUUAACAUCAACCCCCUGGAGAACCUGAAGCUGUACAUCAGCAGUCGGCCCCCCCUGGUGGUCUUUAUGAUCAGUGUGAGCGCCAUGGCAAUAGCUUUCCUGACCUUGGGCUACUUCUUCAAAAUCAAGGAGAUUAAGUCACCAGAAAUGGCAGAGGAUUGGAAUACUUUUUUGCUGCGGUUUAAUGAUUUGGACUUGUGUGUAUCAGAGAAUGAAACAUUAAAGCAUCUCACAAAUGACACCACAACUCUGGAAAGCACAAUGACCAGUGGGCAGGCCAGAGUGUCCACCCAGUCCCCACAGGCCCUGGAGGAUUCAGGCCCGGUUAACAUCUCAGUUGCAAUCACUCUAACCCUGGACCCGCUCAAACCUUUUGGAGGGUACUCUCGCAAUGUCACCCAUCUGUACUCGACCAUUUUAGGGCACCAGAUUGGACUUUCAGGCAAGGAAGCCCACGAAGAAAUAAACAUUACUUUCACCCUGCCUUCAGCUUGGAGCUCGGACGACUGUGCCCUUCACGGUCACUGUGAGCAGGUGGUGUUCACAGCCUGCAUGACCCUCACAGCCAACCCCGGGGUGUUUCCUGUCACUGUGCAGCCCCCGCAUUGUGUUCCGGACACGUACAGCAACGCCACACUCUGGUACAAGAUCUUCACAACUGCCAGAGAUGCCAACACAAAAUACGCUCAAGAUUACAAUCCUUUCUGGUGUUAUAAGGGGGCCAUUGGAAAAGUCUAUCAUGCUUUAAAUCCCAAGCUCACAGUUAUUGUUCCAGACGAUGAUCGUUCAUUAAUAAAUUUGCAUCUCAUGCACACCAGUUACUUCCUCUUUGUGAUGGUGAUAACAAUGUUUUGCUAUGCGGUUAUCAAGGGCAGACCCAGCAAAUUGCGUCAGAGCAGUCCUGAAUUUUGUCCUGAGAAGGUGGCUUUGGCUGAUGCCUAAUCCCACAACUGCCCAUUUUCUGAGAGGGACUGAGCAACCGUAAUCAUUGCCUGCUGACGCCAGCCUGGGCCUGGACACUCUGUGAAUACAUUUUCUUGCAAUGUUGGGUUAUUCCAGCCAAAGACAUUUCAAGUGCCUGUAACUGAUUUGUAUAUAUUUAUAAAAAACCUAUUCUAUUCAAAAA